AAGUCCACCAGUGUAUAUAUGUGACAUGCUUUUUAGGUAGUCAGUGAGUCAGACAAGCUGAGCUGCCCGAAAAAUAUUUAGAACAUUGUAAGUUUAACAAUCUACAAAAUUCAAAUUUAUAAUUUUGCACCAGGAUUAACUUAGCAACUUUGCCAAAUUGCUAAAAUUAGUGCAGUAUAAUUUAACUCAGUCCUGCCAAACUUAUCUUAUGUGGGCCUAAAUUUUGUUAGUAUUACACAUCACUGAAAUACUAUAUUGAUAUUGGGAUGUUCAGGUUGAUUUGUGUUGCAUUAUUGCAACAAUAAAUGUGCACUUGCUUGUCAAAACAAUUGUUGCUUUAUAAGCCAAGAUGACAACUUGUACCUAAAAAGCAUGAUACACAAAGCAAAAUGUUAUCACAAGUCAAGACUGAAUGCGGCCUUCCUCUUCUCUCAGCAGAUGAACCCUGUCCUGAGCAGAGUAAAGUGGACUACUGAGGGAGGAGGGAGGCUGUCUGCUCAGCACAAGCAGGAUUCUCAACUUAGAAGAAAUGAAGUUAUAUUUUUAAUGAAAUCAGUUUUUAGUGCAGGAGUCAUAACUGUUAAUUCCAGUACAAUUGUUCACAAAGUCAACAAAAUAAUUACCCUCAUAAAAUACGAUUUUGGACUGUGUAAAUGUUGUAUAGAUGGAUCAGGGAAUACUUUCUUUUCCCCGUUGAGGAAGGUUGCACCAUAACCCUCUGUAGCAGUUGAGAAGAAGAAACCUGCUAUAGGCAUAAUAAUAACUUUGUGACACUAAUUGUUCCACAUUUCCUAGAAAAUAACAUUUAAUUUCCUAGGUAUAAUUUGAAGUCAAAAGUGAGAUGAAAAUAAAAUAUAAUUUUAAAUUUCUAGAGGCAGUUAUUGUAAAAGUAAGUUUUCAGCAUGUGGAAGGAUGUGCUCCAUAACAUGUUGUACUUCAUGCAUGACCUCCUUCCAGCUGCCAUUAACAAAACCAACUGGACUAAGGAUGACAUUGACAAAGCAGCAUCUUGGGCUGCCUACUGUGAGAGAGCAGCAAGGAAAUUUCAAAACAGUAAUAUGGAUAUUGCUCUCUCUUGCAUAUCUAAGCAAUCCCAGUGGGUACUGGUCUUACACGAUCUUCAGAAUGCCCGUCAACUACUACUAAGUCUCCUGAUGCAGAACCAAUUAUUGGAUGCUAGUGUUAAAGAGCAUGUGCAACAAGUUACUCACACAUUGCUGGGCGCAGAUGGGUUGGCUACGCUCAAUAAGCAAGUCGCACAGCAAGAAGAUUUCUAUAAGCAAGUUUUACAUAGAAUGAAAGAAACAGUUGAUGAUGAGAUGCAAAAGAAACUAGAAAUAAGGUUAAUCCUUGAGACUGCCAACUAUUCUGCGCCAAGACAGGUGCAGGACUGUCUCGAUAAAAUGGUGAUGCAGCCAGGUGGACUUUCCAAGAUUCUUGAGACUGUAAAACUGGAUGAUAUGGGCAGUGCUAAGGAAAAUGUUAACCUGAGUCUACAGAUAAUUGCUUGGUUGGAAGGUGUGUUACAUCGUCCACAAGACUGGCGGCAGCACAGGAGGGUCGUUCGUGACCUUUGUACUUUGUCAUCAUCAUUAUUAUGUGAAAUUUUAAGCAGUUGCCCUAACAUCUUUAAGAUGGUUCUUUUAAUUCUUAAUACAGAGGUACAAAAAUUAGAACCUUACUAUUGUGCUGAAGGGUGUAGUUGGAUGCCAAAAAAUCCAGCUACUUCUAUCCUAAGCUACCAAGAUUUGGUGUGUGUGUAUGCAUCAAUAUUACAGAAUAAAUUAUUAGCUGCACAUGUACAUGUGACUGUAUGUGACUGGUGUUUAGAAGAUGGAGGCAGUACAUGGACAGAUAUAAUCAAAGAUGCAAAUCUGAAGAAAAAGGGAAAGGUUGAUAAUAGUCUGAUAUCAAGAAAAUCAAACAGUGACAGUAACUGAUACAGUGUAAUGAGUUAAUAUAUGCACAAGACAUUUUUAAUAUAUAGUACAUAGGUCUUGGCAAGAGGCGUGGAGCUAAAAGAUAAAGAAUCACACAUAAAGUGGGAGUUGUCACAGUUGCUCUUUGCUGAUGACAUUGUGCUCUUGGGAGAUUCUGAAGAGAAGUUGCAGAGGUUGGUGGAUGAAUUUGGUAGGGUAUGUAAAAGAAGAAAAUUAAAAGUGAAUACAGGAAAGAGUAAGGUUAUGAGGAUAACAAAAAGAUUAGGUGAUGAAAGAUUGGAUAUCAGAUUGGAGGGAGAGAGUAUGGAGGAGGUGAAUGUAUUCAGAUAUUUGGGAGUGGACAUGUCAGCGGAUGGGUCUAUGAAAGAUGAGGUGAAUCAUAGAAUUGAUGAGGGGAAAGGGUGAGUGGUGCACUUAGGAGUCUGUGGAGAUAAAGAACUUUGUCCUUGGAGGCAAAGAGGGAAUGUAUGAGAGUAUAGUUUUACAACGCUCUUAUAUGGAUGUGAAGCAUGGGUGAUGAAUGUUGCAGCGAGGAGAAGGCUGGAGGCAGUGGAGAUGUCAUGUCUGAGGGCAAUGUGUGGUGUGAAAUAAUGCAGAGAAUUCGUAGUUUGGAAGUUAGGAGGAGGUGCGGGAUUGCCAAAACUGU